AUGGCGGACGUUUAUGGAGUUGGUUAUGGUGCACUGGUGACCCUCGGUGGAGUAAUCGGGUUCCUGAAGGCCGGAAGUUGGCCCUCAUUCAUUGCUGGUGCCGGUUUCGGACUUGCCGCAGUUUACGGAGGAUUGAACCACAAUUUCGAGAUCCUUGCUGGUGAGUUUUCGAUGUUUUUUGCAUUAUCUUUGUUGGUUUAGGUGUCUCCGGACUUUUGUCCAUUUUAAUGGGUCUUCGCUUCUACAAUUCCGGGAAAGUGAUGCCCGCUGGCCUUGUGGCUUCUUUGAGGUAGGUGAUGAGAUAUUUUUCGACUAAAUUAUCCGAAGAUGGACCAUCUUUUUCACCCAUUUUCAUCUGAUGUCAUGGAUAAUAUAAAAAAUGCCAAAAGUGCUAAUCUAUUCUAUUUUAGCAUCAUAAUGUUCAUCCGCACAGUACUCGUCUUGUCUUCCCGUCGCUAA